AUGCCGCCAUUAUGGGGUCCGGGAGUCUCGGGCCGUUCAAACAUAGAAUAUACACCCCAGUACGACAGUAGUGAUAAAUCCAGCAGUGAAUGCGAUAUAACUUGGUCCCCCGGUGAUGGAGUCUGUCCUACAAGGGCAGACUUCAAUCAUUGCUGUCAGUUAAAGGUUGAAGACUGGAAAAAUACGGCUCUUACAUAUCUGGAGGGUACGGAAUCCUUCCAAUACUAUUUAGAAGCUUUUCUAGGUCUCCUCGAAAAUGUCCCUCCAUUCUAUUACUGUCCUCGAGGACCUGUCAAUAUUUCUGAUAGACCGAAAUCCUUUCUCAUUUUGAAGACAAAGGAGAAGACCCAGCUAAAAGCUGCUAUUCCUGUUCGCACUAAAUCUCUUCGUUCUGGGUACUUCACAAGCAUUAUGGAAAUACUUCAACAGGCAGGCGAGAAAAGCCAGAUCUUACACGAACCAGGAAUACAAAUAGAGAACUCUUUUUGGGAUAUAGCCACGCAAGGCUAUUGGGUAGCUCGGGUAGAAAAAUUCAAAGGUGUCUUCUAUUCGCCAUGGAUGUUGAGAAGAGAGUACACUAAAAAGAAGCGUUCCUUUCAGCUAACAAGUCUGCGAAGAGGUGACUGGGAACCAGUCAUAUCGAAUUCGUCCCUUGCGUUCGAAAUUCUUCUAGGUUUCUGUUUGUUGGAGGGUUUGGAAGGAGAGUUCCUCACUGGUUUUGCAUCUGUUUUAAUGUUGACCUCACGGCACGCGCCUCCGCCCAAAUUUUCUCCUCCUAUAAUGAUAUUAACAGCUCCUAUGCGCUCUUCACCAAGGCCAAAGGACAUGGAUUUGCUUCAAUUAUUUCGAUCGACUGAGAAGUGCAUCUCUCUUAGCCCGACGCAGGAUGCUCUGGAUUCAUUACUCUGCAGCACCUUUUUCGAUCCAUGUGUUCCAUGUAAUUUUGCUGGGGCUGCAUCUCUGGGUGUAAGAAAGGCUCUUUCGACAGUGGACAAGAUCGACAAUCGACAGCUUCUCUCUGUAGUUACCAAUGUGAAACCGUAUCUGAGUCUUUUAUGGGCUUCAGCAGUGUGCAACGACCGGGUAACUUCGUUCUUAAAUAUGGCUCUUCGCAGUCUACGGCCGAUAUGUCUGGUUGCCGCCUUCUGGACAAACACGGCCCAAUCGUUUCAUCAAAUAGCGUACUCUGUACAAGAGUCAGAAUCUAUCAUUUCUAGGGCACUUGAGUUUCAAACCUCCUACUUUUCCAGACCAGAAUUCCAGCAAGCAUUGCCUUACCCCGAACAAUAUAUCGCUGACGAGCAAUCCGGAUUUGCAACGUCACGCCUAUUUAAUUGGCAUAGAGACUACGAUGAUGGUAUCUGGCUUGAUGAUGGUCAAAGGGAUAUUGAGUUUGUUCGUCGACUCCAAAUGCAUCCAUGGAUUAUCGACCCGUUUGAUAGCCAAGAUGACGAGCCAGUGGAGGAGCCCAAAUGCCAUGACCAUUGUGUUGAGCGUAUUCUACAGUGGAAUCGUGAAGUCGAAAAAUACCGACGGGCAGGAGUUGACACACCAUGA